CUAUUUCUUGAAAAGAUUGAUUUUUUGUCUGGCAUUGAUUGAGAAAAAAAAAAAUUCCUUUAUACUGUUGUUUUAACUCUCUUUUCUGGCCCACUUGAGGCCAUAGUUGAUUAGUUUCUACUUGUAAACUACUCCUCUUCUUUCUUCAGAAGUUAACUUUUUUUAGUCUUUUGCUAUUUGUUGUGGUUUUUUUUCCUUUAUUUCAGCUCUGCAUUGGGAUAUCUAUGCUUGUUGGACCCUUAUUGGUACAAAAAGAGGUUCUUUCUUUGCUUCUUUGGGUUCUCAAGGAGGAAGAUCGAGGGGGUUAGACUCAGAUCACCUCAAGGAGGCAUGGUUUAAUUCCCCAGGUGAAGCUACGGGGACAAGACUUGUUUAUUGGUGCUUGGUAGAAGUUUGUCGAACAUGUCGUCUGAGAGUUUGAAUGCUGAGCUAUCCAAGAAGACAUCAUUUUUGGGUUUAAAAUUAUGGGUCGUGAUUGGUUUAUGUGUUGGUGCGUUUAUAGUUUUGAUACUUUGUACCUUAUCAAUAUGGGUAAUGUUCCGGAGGAGAUCAAGAAGAACCCUCGACAAAUAUUCACUUUGUCAAAUACCUAACAUAUCAAAAGACAUCAAAGUCGAUAGAGUAGGAGGUCAAGAUUACCAUGACCACCCAGAAACAGUAUACCUGACAGUGAACGACAAGUCAAGCGAUAAGAAUUCAGAAAAGAUGUUAGUACAUCUGGGGAGGAGUAAAUCAAGUGAUGUCGAUAAUCUCAGUCAGUGUAGCUCAAUGUAUCACCAUGAGAGGGCUUGCAGCUCACAAUCAGGGGAAGAAGGAAGUUCUGGUACUGCUCGAAAACUGUCUUCAUUGCCUUACGGGCUUCCAAUGGCCUCUCCUCUGAUUGGCUUGCCAGAAAUAUCACAUCUUGGUUGGGGUCACUGGUUUACCCUUAGAGAUCUUGAUAUUGCUACAAACCGCUUCUCAGCAGAGAAUGUGAUUGGGGAAGGUGGCUAUGGGGUUGUUUACCGGGGCAGAUUGGUCAAUGGGACAGAGGUAGCUGUAAAGAAGCUUCUUAACAAUCUUGGCCAAGCUGAAAAAGAAUUCAGGGUCGAAGUAGAGGCCAUUGGGCAUGUUCGGCACAAGAAUCUUGUGCGGCUCCUGGGCUAUUGCAUAGAAGGGGUUCAGAGGAUGUUGGUGUACGAGUAUGUUAAUAAUGGCAACUUAGAACAAUGGCUUCAUGGUACUAUGAAACAACAUGGGACACUCACAUGGGAUGCACGCAUGAAAGUGCUUCUUGGUACUGCAAAAGCGCUUGCUUACCUGCAUGAAGCUAUAGAGCCUAAGGUUGUCCAUCGAGAUAUAAAAUCUAGUAAUAUUUUGAUCGAUGAUGAAUUCAAUGCCAAGGUUUCUGAUUUUGGAUUGGCAAAGCUCUUGGGCUCAGGAGAAAGCCACAUAACGACAAGAGUAAUGGGAACAUUUGGCUAUGUGGCUCCAGAAUAUGCAAACAGUGGUUUGUUAAAUGAAAAAAGUGAUAUAUAUAGUUUUGGAGUUCUACUACUGGAAGCAGUCACAGGAAGAGAUCCAGUUGACUAUGCCCGUCCUGCUAACGAGGUGAAUCUUGUUGAGUGGCUGAAAAUGAUGGUAGGACAUAGAAGAGCUGAAGAAGUUGUGGAUCCUGACCUUGAAGUAAAGCCAGCAACUCGUGCCUUAAAGCGUGCACUUUUGGUGGCACUCAGAUCUGUUGAUCCUGAUGCAGAGAAGCGACCCAGGAUGAGUCAAGUUGUGCGAAUGCUUGAGGCAGAUGAAUUUCCAUACCGUGAGGAUCGGAGGAACAGGAGAAGCCGAACAGCAAGCAUGGAAAUUGAAUCAAUGAAGGACAGUAGUGGAUUAGCUGAUGUGGAAAGCAGUGUAGGGCAAUCAGAUAACCAGACAUCUGAUAAAAUUCGUGAAUAGGACUGACAACACAUGACUUGGAUGAAUAAUUGUUCUUCUCCAGAUUUUCAAGCUCUCCGUAACCCUUCUAUACAAUUCACAUUUUCUUAGUAUUUAAUGGAAAGAUUCCUGCAUGGCAGGGUGGGAAUGAAUUAAGGAUAGCCCUUUUGGAAUUCCAUCUGAAUUGGUCCUCCUCCUGUGCCUCAAGCUGUCAUGUUGUGAAAUGAUGAGGAUAGUUAUCAGAGAGAGAGAGAGAGAGAGUUUUCGUGUGUGUGUGUGAGAGAGUGAGAGAGAAAGAGAGAGAGAGAGAGGGGCUUAUUGCUGUACAGAUAUGUUUGCUGUGGGCCUUCUUAACAUGCAUCAUGAUCCUGAUCAUCAUUCUUU